AAGACCCGGGACUGGCGCGCCAAAUUUCAAAGCACUUCCUCCUGGCCGAAGGCGACAGCGGCUCGCGGAAAGCCUCACGGCGAGGUCCGGUGGAGGAAAAUAAAAACGGCGGCCGUGAAAAAAACAAAGCCAACAACCGGUUAACGGACAGAAGCAGCGGCGGGGCGCGGAGGCCGCGGACCGAGCCGUGGAUGGAGCAGCUGCUGCGGAAGGAGGCGGAUGAAGACGCGGCGCAGAUCUGUCAUUGUUAUCGAUCAGCUGUUUCCUCCUCCCAGCCUCCAUUCCUGUCUCUCAUCUGUGAUUGGUUCCCCUGUUCUGCCCCCCCCCCCCCCCCAGUCUUAGCUUAAAGCCCAUAACUUCACACACUUCAAAGUAAACGUCGCUGCAGCACAGUCGUCAGCAGGUUUUAGUCUCAGCGCUGUAAUCCAUCCGGCCUCAGCCGCGCUGUGACACACCUGCCGUCCACGCCGGCGCGCCUCUUCCUGUUUGAACUCGCAGCUUUAUCCCCCCCCCCCUCUCCACGGGGGAUUUACUCCAUUUGAGCCGGUGCUCAUAAAAGCGAGCAUCUUCCACAGUGCUCCUAAUCCUCAUUAUUCAUUCAUGUAUGCGGCGCUCUGCAGCAGCUCUGCAUGCUGAUGGUGACACCUGUAGCUGAGCGCGGCGCCCCCUGCCUGUGACCUUCAGGCUGACGCUCUCAGCCGGCCGUCCCCAUUCGGCGGCUCUCCACCCGCUCAGAGGGGCGUCGGGAAAUGGAUCGCGGCCGGCGGUGACUCAGGGCCGGUCACAGAUCAGGGGCGGCCUCCGUGUUUGUGUGUGUGUGUGUGUGUGUGUGUGAGUGAAGGCGGCGGCCAUGUUGUGUGGGGCGCAGCCGUGCUUCCAGCUGCUGCGCAUCGGCCUGUCCACGGGCGACUCGGCGCGGGACCUGUUCACCUUCCGGCCGGCGCUGAGCCGCUCCGUCUUCCGGCUGGGUCGGGCCGCGGAGCUGUGCGACGUCACGCUGGAGUCGACCGCGGUGUCGCGCAUCCACGCCGAGCUGCACGCUGAGAAGGAGGCGAGCGACGGAGGAGGAGGAGGAGGAGGAGGAGAGGCGCAGGAGGAGGGCUGGAGGGUCCACGUCAAAGACAGGAGCAGUCACGGAACGUGGGUGAACGACGUGCGUCUCCAGCCCGGCGCCCUGUGGGAGCUCUCAGACGGCGACACGCUCACCUUCGGAGGCCAUUCCACUCCAGGAAACCCCGAGUUCUACUUCCUCUUCCAGAAGGUCAAAGUUCGACCGCUGGACUUUGACGCCAUCACAAUUCCAAAGGCCGGGACGUUUUCAUCGGACUUGCAGAACCGCAUCAGAACCAACCUGGACAGAAAGUCGGUCAACAACCUCGACCUGUCCAAGAUGUCCAUCAACCGGGCCACGGUCAUCCUGAACUCCAUCGGCAGCCUGAGUAAGAUGAAGGGCAGCGCCUGGACCUUUAAGAGGAGCCACAGCCACGAGGGAACCGUGUCCGACCCGGGAACCCCCUCUUCCUCUUCGCCCGUGGGCUUUUCCUCGUUGCUGCCUUCCUCCACGCAUUCGUCGUUUUCCUCGUCGACCUCGGCGCCGCUCAGCAAACCCCUCCAGACCGCCUCCAGGAGCAGGAGGAAGUCUGCGCACACCGUGCUCCUGGAGGACGACAGCUCCGAUGAGCCCCGGAGUCGAGGAGCUGUGAUAGGGAUUGUGGAGGACGGACAGAGAUCGCGGCCAAAGAAGAGGCGGAGGCUCUACAGGUCCGAGUCCGACGGCUUCGGCUCCCCUCCGCCUCCCCAGCUGCAGCCCAAACUCCACAGCGACGUCCGGCGUCCGCUGGAGGCCAAGCCCUUCCCGGUGGGCAUCCGGACCAUCGGCAGCUUCCACGGCGCCAUGACGAACAGCCGGCUGAACCAGCAGCUGCUGCAGGCUUCCUUCGCCGGCGUGGCUCCGCACCGGCAGGAGGUGGAGACGGCCAACCGGGUCAGGACCGUCAACGGGAACAUCGCCGCUUUCCGCCAACAGAAGGCGUCCCACGGUUCGCCGACGGCGCAGAGAGGCAGGAGGCGGGCCAACAGCUCGCCGGUGUUCUCCCCCCUGGUGGUGGGAGGGGAGAACUACAGCCUGGCGUCGCCCACCGUGAGGAUCCGCACCGACGACAGAGGAGGCGUCCAGUUCAACCGAUUCCACCAUCAAACAGCUAAACGACGAGGCCGGCCCAGGAAACACCCCCUCCCUCCGAGGCCCUCCCUGCCCUCUCCCUCCUCCUCCUCUUCCUCCUCCACCUCCUCGGACUCCUCUUCCUCGGGCUCCUCCUCGUCCUCCUCCUCCGAAGAGGACGAGGAAGACGAGGGCACGGCGGGGGCGGGGGCGGGGGCGACGGGGGCGGUGGAGCCGUGCGCCGCCCCGCGGUGCCGGCUGCCGCAGCAGGACACGGUGCAGUGGAUCCAGUGCGACGUGUGCGACGCCUGGUUCCACCUGGACUGUCUGCAUGUGGACCGCAAGAAGCUGCUGAUGGACCCCAACGCCGACUUCCACUGCGGCUGCCGCUGACGCACACCCGGGGGGGGGGUGACCCUCAAACCUUUAAUUCCUUUAGCCAUGAGAACGUGAAAUGAAAGCUGGUUCCGCUGCAUAAGCGUGCAGCAGUGAUUCAAACCCCCCCCCCCACCUCAUCCCACCCCCCCACCUCCAUCCCAGCUGCCUGGUAAGCCUGAGCCCCACUCCGGAGCUUCAGAACAGGAAAACUAAUGAAGUGUCGGCUCGGCUGUCACCGCGGUGCCGGGUUCAGGGCGGCGACGCCUUUAUGAGAUCUAUAAGCUCCUUCCUUCCCGCCGGUGACCAGAGCUGCAUUCAGCAAGAUUAAUUAAAGUGUUUUAGCAGAAUAAACUUCUCUCGGUGCUCCUCUGCAGACGCCCCCUUUGCUGAUGCAGCCGCCUCACAGACAAUCAGACUUUCCUGGGCGGAGGCGGCGGGGCAAUUAGCGGCAGAGACGUGUGUCAGCAAGCUGCUGAGAGGCUCUCAGGAUGAUCCUCAGAUGUUUGGAAGCACUUCUGCAGAAGCAGCUGCAGGAUUUAAGCAGGUUUGGGGAUUUUAUUAAAAUGGAAAAAAAAAAAACAUUUCCUAACCACUGAAACGAUGAAAUCUGAACUCCUGACGGAGGAAUGUGGGAACAGGUCCUCUCCUCUGGGUCUGAUGGUGCCAGGGAUGGUUUGGUGGUCGUCUUCUCAGCUCGGUUUCUACCUUUUCAUAAACGCCUCACACUACUGAAACUUUAAGCCAAAGUUGGUCUUUUUACCCUGAAUGUACACAAAUUUUCACUCCGUUCUUUAUCACUUAUUUUCUUAAUCUUCAUUACCAAUUAUUCUUCUGUUGGGGGAAAAAAAAUAUUUUUCUAGCAGGUAAAAAAAAAAAGAAAAAAAUGGGAGAAAAUGUUGGAAAAAAAAACAAAUCGUUUAAAGGAGAAGAUAAAACUAUAUAUAUUUUUUUGAGUGAAAGUUUUCAGCUCCGGUUCGCUCGUGUUGGAUGUUAUCUACGUUUUGUGUUGCUGCUGGUUCUCAGCUCUGUAAACCAGCAAACUAAAUUAACUUCAUAUCUAGAACUAGUUUGCAGGUUUAAAUUAAUUUCCAAAAAGAUUCAGGCUCUAAUUUCACAUAACAUGCAUCAGUUGUGAUUUUUUUUUUUUCCUCACUUAUCAAAUGAGUUGCAAUGAACUUUCUGACCUCAAUACAAACGUAAAGUUGUUCAGUUCUGGUUGCUUGAUCGAUCCUUUUUUAGUUUUUCUGUGUUCGGAGCGUUUCUGUGUUUGUUUGCAGUUUAAUUCAUCAGUCGUGUUUGCGGCCUUUUUGAUUUUUGAGAGAUAAAAUGUUUUAAGGCGUCUUUCUCGGCUUCACGGUGAGGCGUGUGCCAUCUUCUCCGCGUGCGUUAACGCUCUUAACGCUUUUCCUCUUUCAUGUGGCAAACCCCAUGGUUGCAUAUCGUUUACAAAUUAGUUUUUUUUUUUGGCUCAAAAAUGUGCUAAAAUUCAAAGUUUGAAUUGUAAAAGUAAAUUAUUCAGAGUAGAAAGCGGCAGACAAAUUCAAAGUUCUACCUGGUUCUACAUUAAUAUUGAAGUCUGAAAAUUUUAUCGGUGCUUUUUUUUUCCUCCUCUGAAUUCCCUGAACAUUUCUAAAUCAUUUUAAUAAAAAAAACUGGGAGUAAGCAGGGUUUUACUGAUGUUUACUGUGUUUUGGAGGUUUUAUUUUUGUAUUUUUAAAUUUUUGUUUAAGGUCUUGUGCUCUCAGUUCUGAGUAAAAUCUGUUAUUGUUGUGUGUGAUCUUACCGGUGCAGACAGACUGAGGUCAGAGGAUGUAAAGUGUGCAAACCUCUGCUUAAAGGCCCGUUUUCUGUGAUGUAAAGAACCGAAGUAGGUGAUUUAAAAACGUCUUCCACCUUUUAAAUUGUGCAAUUCAGCUAAAAUACCAACAAAUCGUGGUGGUGGGAACAUAUAAAAUAAUCUCCAUAACAUUUUAUAAUUUGGGUCAAUUAUAGCAUUCAGUCUUGUUGGUAAGGAGUCUUUCAGCUUCCCUCUGAUUGGGAGAACAUCUGCUGUUCAGAACCGUCUUCAGGUGAGUUUACCUGAAGACGGUUCUGGACAGAUUCCUUCAUAGAUUUAAAAAAACGGCAGAACUCAACCAGUACCUUCUGAUCCCAGCAGCUGCUUCACUAUUCUGGCCAGUUUCCAUCGUUUUCUUUCAUCGGUUCUGGACAAAUAUAAUUUCUUUACAUCAUAUUCUCCAUUUAUUGACGACUGCAUUGACUGUGCCAUACGCUGCAUAAAUAUUUUAUAUGGGAUUUAUUUCCUACCCUUCUCCUGAUUGAUACUUUUAAUCCUCUGGACUUUAACUUAAAGGUACAAAAGUCAGGAAAACCCCACCAGGAUCGCUGAACCUUAAUUUCGGGUUGAUCUGAUUUAAUGUUGAGGUUGUGUCAGUCAAACGGAUCAUUUCCAACCAUUUUUAACUAGAUAGAAAUAAAAAAAGUUUAAUUUUGUCGCAUCACAAAACAAGCCUGCCAUUUACCAGGGGUGUGUAGACUUCUCACAUAUUCUGUGCCUUCAGAUCGUUAUAAUGCAUUUCAUGAAUGAAAGGCAGCUGCCCUGCUUGAGUUGCAGAGGUUGGUUCUGUUGUUGCGGGUCAUAAAUCUGCAGAUCUGGGAUCGUUUUCAUCGUUAUCGCUUAUCGUCUUUCAGGGCUUUGACGUCUCCAUGAUCACUUUGCCCUCUCACGUCUUCGUCGUUUUUGUUUGUGCCGUCUGAAUCUGCGUCAGAUUUCGCCUCCCGAUUAAAAAAAAAAAAAA